AUGGGGAAUCAGACCCUCAAUAAGGCGGUAAUAGAUGAGACUCUAGUCGCCUCUAUCUCUCAUAUUCUACUCAGAUGCAACAUUCCUUGUGUCUUGUGGGGAAACUAUCUUCUUACGAUAUAUGGAGUCCCAAGCAUUGUUGACUCGAUCGAUUUUGUUGUUCCAGAUGAUCUUGUUGUAGCGGCAGACUCUGCACUUCAAAACAAAGGCCUAGCUGACUGCAGUGAAGCAGAAUCGUGCACCGCGGUGGUGGAGACACGAACGUCUCCACCCCCUGCAGCCCAUUUCCAUAUUGAUGCCGAGAUGACGGUCUCGAUCUAUACGCAAUCUUCAACGCUAUGGUUCCUCCCCGGUUUAGCUCUCAACCAAAUUUUCUGUUCGCCUGACUUCAUUCUUGCGUCUGACUCCCGUCUCCCACCUCCAAGACCAGGUCGAGGACACGGUGCCUUCCAAAACAGCCCUCUUCCAGUAUAUAUUCCUAUCGCCCAUCGCCUUUUAGAAGCUUUUGUACGUCUCGUCACAAAGUCGCCAAACCGCAAGUACAAAUGCUUCGCGAUUGCUAUGGUGACCUACAUUGGUGAAUAUGUGGACGGGGACGGGCUAUUAGACGAGGCAAAUGUAAAGAGAUGGUGUAGGGAGUUUUACUCUGGGCUCAAGAAUGGCCGCAGACCUAUGAGAUCUCUUGUUAAAGACCUCGAAGCUAGUUUUGCUAAUCCAACUAACUGA